GUAGGUUUAUUUUAUAUUCAUAUACAACUUCUAAGCAUAAUUUGCUAACUUUUGAUAAUUGUGACAGUUGAUUCAAGAUGGUUGACUUCUCAACAGCAAAAUUCAUUUAUUUCGUCUUUCUUUUUCUUGUGGAUACUGUUGCAGAAUUAGACUCUUCAAAAUUCUACAUCGAAAUUGGUUUGGACAACGCUGCAAUUUGUAAUCCAUUAAAUGAAAAAGUCGAAACUGUGGAAAUUCUAAAGAAAAACAAGAAUUCUGCUAUUAUGGUAAAACCUUCACAUAUUUUUGAUAGUUGGCAAGUUAUGUACAACAAACAUUGUAAAUUCAAAAUUAAAGCAACUAAAGGGGAAAGCCUAUUUGCUGUUAUUCAAAGAAUGUCACUUCGAGGCAAUGGAUCGGAAUGUUUGGAUUAUGUCAGAUUUAUAAAAGAAAAUGGUAAUGAAUCAGAUAAGUAUUGUGGCGAAUUAGAAAAUGAUAAUGGUUAUAAACGUUAUAUAACAAAUAUGAAUAUAGAUUAUCAGAAAAGAAUAGAAUAUGCAGAAAAAAAGUUUGAGGAAAAUAGUGAACAAGGAAAAAUAACAACUGAAAUAUAUAUUUCAAGGCAGCCAUUAAUUUCAGGACAGUCACUUGACUUAAUAAUUAUAUAUACUCCUUAUAAACAAAAUAAAGACUGUAAGAAUUUAGAACCUAAAACACAUUUUUGGUCAAGUUCAACAUCUGUAUGUAUUAAUGACAAUUUUAUUUGUGAUGGUUUUAUAAAUUGUGCUAGUUCAAUAUGCUUUGAUGAAAGUAAUUGUACCAAUAUUGAAAAUCAGAUAGUGAGUGAUGGAACUGGAACUAAAGUGACUGUCAGUGCUGUGACUACUAUAUUUCUGUGCUUUAUUAUAUUUAUCAUGUGCUUAUGGAUUUGUAGAAGGCACAAAAAAUUCUGUUGGUCACCUGAUUGUGCAGGACCAUCUAGUAUAAUAAGUAUAUCUGGAUUACCAAUGGAACAUGGUGAACACAGUAUUUCCAAUUUACCUAAUGCACCAUAUAUACCUACAACUUCUACGUUAGAAGUAGCUGUUUCAUUACCUGUUCAAGAUAAAGAUUUACCACCAAGUUAUAAUUCAUUAUUUCCUUCUCAAUCUCAAACUAAUGCUCUCAAUUCAUAA